UCUGGGAAUGGAAGGUAGUGAGCCCCACCCUACCUCCUCCCAACCCUUCUACAAGUUCUUCUCUUCUUCUCCUAUAUAAGUCAUCAGGCUCAGGAUGUAGAAAGUCAACUGACUAAGGUUCCAUCCCCCUGGACAAUGUGGCCUCAAAGCACCUUCUUCAUGGCCUUGCCCCACGUGGGGCCCAUUGUGGGCUGGUUGUUUGCUCAACAGCACAUGCCCACUUGGUAUAAGACCCUGAAAAAGCCACCCUGGUGGCCAUCCAACAAGUUCUUCUUAAUUGUAUGGACCAUCAUCUACUCCACCAUGGGCUAUGCCUCCUAUCUAGUGUGGAAGGAUCUGGGUGGGGGCUUUGAUCGAUCUCUGGUCCUGCCCCUCGGUCUCUAUGCUACCCAGCUUGUCCUCAACUGGAUCAUUCUGCUGCUCUUCUUCGGAGCCCAUAACCUUGGACUGACCCUAUGCCAUCUGCUUCUGCUCUACGGACUGGUGCUUGGCAUGGCACUGAGCUGGCAGUCCAUCAAUGGCCUCGCUGUCCUGCUCCUGCUGCCCUACCUGGCCUGGCUCACACUGACCACUUCAUUGGCUUAUCAUCUAUGGAUGGACGACUCCAGUUCAGAGCCACAGCUCUCUUCCCAACCCCAGCUCCAAUCCUUGGGAGAGAAGAUAGACUGAGAUAGGAAGAAAGGAGAAUUCGAGGAAGGACCAAAAGGGGAGGAAUGUCAAGGGUUGGGGAUGAAAAAACUAAGGGAAGGGAAGAAGGCAGAGACAAGGAAUCCCAAACACAAUGUCUGAUGAAUAUUCCCAUAUCUUUCCAAAAUAAGCUGCCUGAUUUUGAACCUCCUCUCUAAUUCCAAGCUAACUCAUUUUUUCUGUCAUUAUUUGUCUAAUAGAAUAAAGAGGACCUUGCAUCUGGUUAAAAGAAUUUUAUUUUACAAAUAAAAAUAAAAAUUUUA